AUGCUAUCAUAUGACGCUGAGAAAUACGUUAAUGAUCCGAAUAUUGAGAUACAAUGGGCCGAACGGUGUUUCCAUCAUGCAGAAGCUUACUUCCGUUUACUUUGUUCAGCUCCCGACUUGUCACAACUAAGACUAACUGCUGUAGAUGAUAUUAUUUUCGAGGAGUUUAUGAAGGAGUUUAGUGAUUUACACUUAGGUGUUAUUUCUGAAGAUUCAUUAAAAUCAGUGGAGUCCAAACAAAAAUGGCGAACAUUCUGUAAUCAAUUUGAAGGGAGAGUGGAAGAUUUCAAUCUUGGAACUUUAUUGAGACUUGAUGCUUCAAGAGGAAAUUGUCCUGAAAACACAUGUAUUGUUCCUAGGAUACAGUUUCUUGCCCUGGAAAUUGCACGCAACCGAUUAGGAAUUAAUAAUCAAGAGAAACUUAAAGAAUUACACGAAUAA